CCUGACAACACUCAGAGACUCAGUAUACUCCACUCUCUCUGUACAAAGAGUGAAAACUGUGUUUUAUCUCUAGCCUCCAUAAGGGACCACAGCAAGGAGAACAGCCAUGCUAGGAGGCACCUACACUGGGUUGGUGGCUACAGCAGCCCUCCUCUGCCUGCUACAGGCAGGAACCAACGCAAGCAUUGAAGGUGACAGCUCAUCAGUUACCAGGACAGAUGCAGGGACCUGUACUGUCCACAGCAACCCCCACUACAGCACCUUUGACGGGGCCAACUUCCGCUUCAUGGGACCCUGUACCUACGUCCUGACCCAGGUGUGCGCGCCCUCUGAGACACCCCUGUCCCACUUCAGUGUUGAGGUGAAGAAUGAGCUGAGAGGGAACUCCUCCGUGUCUGCUGUUCAUCAGGUCAAGGUGGAAGUGGAGAACCUCAGGGUCUCCCUGCACAAGAGACAAAACCACCGGGUCAUGGUCAAUGGCAUUUGGAGGAAACUCCCUCUGAGCCUCAAUGGUGGCACUGUCAACAUCCAAGGCAACGCCGCUUCCGUCACUGUGGAGACAAACUUCAACCUUUUUGUAUCCUACGACGACGCCGGUGUUGUCCAUAUCACCGUUCCUGUAUCGUACUCCGGUAAAGUCUGUGGCAUGUGUGGGAACUUCAACCACGUGAGAGACGAUGAUUACCACACACCUGGCAGUUCCGAGGCCGAAGACUCUGCCACAUUCGGACAGAACUGGCAGAGCGAGGCCUGUGACUUGACCGUCCUCCCCCUUGAGUGUCAACCAACUGAGGAGGCGGAGUAUGCCAGCGAGCCAUACUGUGGGUCCCUGGUCUCCAGGCAUGGGCCUUUCUCUGGCUGCCAGUCUGUUCUGGGAGCAGAGAGCUACUUCCGGAGCUGUGUGAUGGAGAUGUGUGGAGCGGAUGGUGACCCAGAGGUGCUGUGUGAAGCCCUGCAGUCCUACUCUGAUAUGUGUCUCAAGGCCGGGGUGCUCGUACCAGCCUGGAGGACCUCGACUAUGUGUCCCCUGGAGUGUGGUGCGAACAGCCACUACAAUGCCUGUGCUAAGGGCUGCCCUGAGGUCUGCUCCAGCAUGGAUAUUCAAGGGGCAUGUGGGAGGUGUGAGGAGAGGUGUGUGUGUGACCCAGGCUUCAAGCUCAGCGUGGGGAGUUGUGUACCUGCAGAGGACUGCGGCUGCUGGAGAAAGGGAGAACACUAUGAAAGAGGAGAGACGUUCAUGGAAGGUGAGUGUAAUCGUGUGUGCCAGUGUAUGGGUGGGGACAGACUCCAGUGUGCUGCUUCCUCCUGCGCGGCCGACGAGGUGUGUAAGGUCAAGGAGGGGGUCAACGGUUGCUUCCUCUCCAGCCCGGCCACCUGCCACGUCUACGGAGACCCCCACUACAUCACCUUCGACGGCAAGGCAUACACCUUCCAGGGGGGCUGCAGCUAUACCUUGGCCAGGACUUGCGGCGGGGACACACCCGUCCAGUUCUCAGUGACGGGCCAGAACUGGAACCCCAGAAACGAGAGCAGUGCCAAGCUAGGCGCAGUGGUUCUGGAGACAAGCGGUCUGCAUGUGAAGAUGCAAAACUACAGUGCCACAGUGAACCAUGUUUGGCAGCAUCUUCCUGUUACAGUAAAUGGCACAUACGGCGAGGUGAAGCUGUACAAGAAGAAGCAGUACACUGUCAUGGAGACGACGUUUGGCCUUCGGAUGCUGCUGGACGACCAGAGCAGGCUUUUCCUGCAGCUGGACGAGCGCUACAAGGGUGAGAUGUGCGGCCUUUGUGGUACCUACUCCGAUGACCAGGGGGAUGACUUCCUGACCCCUAACGGCACCAAACCCGAGACCAACGUGGUCACGUUCGCCAACAGCUGGAGAGUGAAUAGUCCGGAAGACGAUCGAUGUGUUGCCUCCCCCCCUGCCCCCCAACCAUGUGACUCUCAUUUGGACGAACACGGCUACCGGGAGUGUUCCAAACUGCUGCGCAAAGCCUUCAAGGCCUGCCACCCCUUCGUCCACCCCACACCCUACAUCGACAGCUGUAUGUCCGACCAUUGUGCCUCCGGCGGGAACAUGCAUGUGACAUGUGACUCCCUGAGGUCCUAUGUGACCACCUGCGAAGUGGCCAAUGUCACCCUGCCUCCCUGGUGGAACGACACCGCCUGUGAUAGUCUCCCUGGCCCUCCCACAAUACCACCAGUUACUACACCUGACAAGGAAUUUUGUCCUCUAGACUGCAACUUUGACAAGAGCGAGUGUGGGUGGGAGCAAAUUAUUCAGGACAGUUUUGAUUGGAGGAGACUGAGAGGCCCAACCCCUUCUGACCUCACAGGGCCAACCCAAGACCAUACCACAGGAGGUGGCUCCUACAUGUACAUUGAGGGUGACGGUGUUUACCACGGCGACUCUGCCCGUAUGAUGAGCCCUAAAUGCCAAAACGGGCCGGGCAAAUACUGCCUGCGCUUCUGGUACCACAUGUACGGACAGGCCACAGCCAUGGCUCUCAAUGUCUACCAGCUUGACCAGCACAACAGAAACAAAAAACUGUGGUCCAAAGCCAACAACCAGGGCUCCACAUGGUAUCCGGCAGAAGUGGAUAUUAUAAUCGAUGGGUCAUUCAAGAUCAUCAUGGAGGGAAUACGAGGCUCUGACCCUCGGUCUGAUGUGGCAUUUGAUGACGUCUCCAUCCACUAUGAAUCAUGCUCAGGUUCUUCGAUUGGUGGUAUUAGUGGAGCUUCAGUUCCUUCCUCAGUUGAUGGAGGAGUUGCCCCACACCCAGUCUGCAACCUUGAUUGCGCUUUCGAGCAGGACCUCUGCGGUUUUACCCAGCUAAUGACAGACGUUUUUGAUUGGACAAGGCACAGUGGCUCCACCCCCACUGCCAUGACUGGGCCAUCAGCUGACCACACAAAAGGAAGUCCAUUUGGUCACUACUUAUACAUCGAGGCCAACAGUGUGUCUAACGGAGACACGGCUCGCCUCCUCAGCUCUGAGUGUUCUGACCCCGGUCCUCAGUGUCUGCAGUUCUGGUACCACAUGUCUGGCUCGGCCGAGACCAUGGGUCUGCACGUCUACCUGCUCCAGGGCCGCUAUGUGGAUGGGGUGUGGGGGAAGAAGAACAACCAGGGAGACUCAUGGCAACGGGCUCAGGUGGAUCUGAUGACCACUGGACCUUUCCAGAUCAUCUUCGAGGGCCACAGAGGCACCACUGAUCAGUCCGACGUGACUAUAGAUGAUGUUUCUCUGCAUCGUGGGCGAUGUGCAGACUUGAUUAAGCCACCAACAGAGAAACCUGUUCUCCCUCCAGUGGACAAGUCCACCACUGCUCCAACUACUACAAGACCUGAAACACCCACAACAACUAGGCUACAACCACCAACAACUGAUAGACCAGAAACACCAAGACCAACAACUGAAAGACCAGAAACACCAAGACCAACAACUGAAAGACCACAACCACCUAGACCAACAAAUGAAAGACGAAGACCACCUAGACCAACAACUGAUAGACCAGAAACACCAAGACCAACAACUGAAAGACCAGAAACACCAAGACCAACAACUGCAAGACCAGAAACACCAAGACCAACAACUGCAAGACCAGAGACACCAAGACCAACAACUGCAAGAUCAGAAACACCAAGACCAACAACUGAAAGACCAGAAACACCAAGACCAACAACUGCUAGACCAGAAACACCAAGACCAACAACUGAAAGACCAGAAACACCAAGACCAACAACUGCAAGACCAGAGACACCAAGACCAACAACUGCAAGAUCAGAAACACCAAGACCAACAACUGAAAGACCAGAAACACCAAGACCAACAACUGCUAGACCAGAAACACCAAGACCAACAACUGAAAGACCAGAAACACCAAAACCAAGAACUGCAAGACCAGAAACACCAAAACCAACAACUGCUAGACCAGAAACACCAAGACCAACAACUGAAAGACCACAACCACCUAGACCAACAAAUGAAAGACGAAGACAACCUAGACCAGCAACUGAAAGAUCACAACCACCUAGACCAACAACUGAUAGACCAGAAACACCAAGACCAACAAAUGAAAGACCAGAAACACCAAGACCAACAACUGAAAGACCACAACCACCUAGACCAACAAAUGAAAGACGAAGACCACCUAGACCAACAACUGAAAGAUCACGACCACCUAGACAAACAACUGAUAGACCAGAAACACCAAGACCAACAAAUGAAAGACCAGAAACACCAAGACCAACAACUGCACGACCAGAAACACCAAGACCAACAACUGCAAGAUCAGAAACACCAAGACCAACAACUGCAAGACCAGAAACACCAAGACCAACAACUGCAAGAUCAGAAACACCAAGACCAAAAACUGAAAGAUCACAACCUCUAAGACCAACAACUGAAAGACCACGACUACCAAGACCAACAACUGAAAGACCACGACCCCCAAGACCAACAACUGAAAGACUACAACCACCAAGACCAACAACUGAAAGACCAAGACCACCUAGACCAACAACAGAAAGACCACAAACCCUACAACCAACAACUGAAAGACCACGACCACCAAGACCAACAAAUGCAAGACCACAACCGCCCACCACAGCAAGACCAACGCCAUCUUGCCUAAAGAACAGCCAUUACACCUCCUGCAUCUCCGCCUGCCAGCCCACCUGUAAGCACCUCCACGGCACUCCUGACUGCCGUGCUGAUGAGCCCUGUGUACAGGGUUGUGUAUGUGACGACGGCUUUGUUCUCAAACAGAGGGUGUGUGUGCCCAUCCAGCAGUGUGGCUGUGUAGGCAGCAAUGGCAACAGUCAUAAUUUUAAAGAGAACUGGUACACUGAGCACUGCCAUCAAAAGUGUGAGUGUGAUGAAGGCGACGGUGUGGGGGAGAUUGACUGCGACGAUGAAAAUGGGUGUGAUGAGGAUUCUGUCUGUUUUCAGAAUGAAGCCGGACAGUAUUUCUGCAUGUCAACAGACUUCAGCGAGUGCUCUAUCAAUGGAGAGCCAGAGUACAGAACUUUUGACAACAUGAAGCAUGACUUUGACAGCAGAAACUCCUACAUUCUGGUCCAGACCACAGGCCUGUCCAAGAACCAGCAAGACGUCUACAUCGAGGCCAUCAUUGAGAUCGUCAACCAGGAUGGUGUGGACAGUCAUGGGGACAGUAGACAUGGUGGCAGUCGUCAUGGUAACAGCAAGGAUGAGGAUGACCAGCAUAAAGACAGCAAGGAAAGGGACAGCAAUGAAGACAGCCAUGAUCACAGCAAAGAGAACGACAACCGUCUGCGAUUCAGAGGACUGAAGAUCAGAGUCUAUAACCACACAGUGGAGUUCAGAAACAACAGGAAACUUGUUCUGGACGGUAGGAGCACCCGUGCCCCUGUCUCACCAGCAGGUGGUCUGAGGAUUCUGGAGCGUUCCUCGCGUAUCUACCUGAAGACAGACUUCGGCCUCUCCGUGGAGUUUGAUGGAGACAGCAGAGCAGAGAUCAUCCUGCCCCACACCUACAAGAGGAGGGUGGGCGGCCUGUGUGGCAACUUUGACGGCAACAAGAAGAAUGAUAUGAUGAAGCCCGACAGUAACCAGGCCAAGAGCAUCAAGGAGUUCAGAGAGAGCUAGAGAGUGACAGAGGACAGACUGAGCAUAACAUGGAAAGGAUCAUCUUCCCUUCGUAACGUUGUCUAUGGCCAGUGACCUGACCUCCAUGCAUCAAGACCAUUGAUUGUGUAAUAUUCUUCUCAUAGGCAGACACUUUCCUUCCUACAAUGGACACAGCGUAUUUGAAAGUACUUGGGUUAAACAAAAAAAAGCUUGGGUUUUUGUGGACUGUAUGGAGAGGAGAUCAAUGAAGUAUUCUACUUCUUCUAUAUGACUGUUGGUUUAAAUCCUGUUGUUACUGCGUCUUAUGACCCACCUGUGUGCCUUCUGAGAUCUCUUUCAGUCUUACUGUAGGUUCUUUGCACAGUUCACCUAGUGUAUGAAUCAAUGUACACAAGUUACAUAUUUGUGUAUUACUUCUAAUGUGUACUAUAUAUUCAAAAGCCCACAUUCCUUUAGCUUUAGGCUGAUGUCGAAUAGUUCAGUGACUGUAAUGUGCAAUAUUACUGUAUGAUAAUAGAAAACGAUGUAAACAAAGGAUGCAAGUGUUUUAGCUGAUGUUUAAUCCCACUGAAUGUAUGUUUUAUUUCUUGAAUUAUAUAUCUAGGAUUGAUAGGAAUUUUAUGAGAUCUUCUAAAUAAUAAAGAAUGAUUCACACUG